UCGCCGAAUCGCGAAAUCGCCAAGUCCCUCUUUUUCUCUCAUUCUGCAAAUUUAAGCUUUCUCAAUCAGACCCAUCGCUGCCAUCGAUGGAAAAUGAAGAAGAAGCAGCUCUCUCGUCUAGCCCUAAUCCCCUAGAUGUGGACCCAACCCUCCAAAAGAAGCACCAAUCAAUGCUCGACCGUCUCACCAACCGUCACCAAACUCGCUUAGGCAGCUCACUCACCCGCCGAUCCGCGGAGUCCGACUCGUCCUCUUCUCCUUCCUUUGAGUCCACAUCAACCUUCCUUUCCCGUUUUUCCAACUCCAAGAGCUCCAUCGAGUCUCAACUCGCUCAAUGUCGAUUCGGACUCUCCGAGUCGACUCAAGUCAAACCCCAUCUCGACCAAAUCUCCUCCUCCAUUUCCGAUCUCGAGAAGCUUGUUGCCGAGAACGCGUAUUUUUUACCCUCGUACGAAGUUCGGUCCUCGCUCAAAACGAUAUCAGAUUUGAGGCAAAGUCUCGAGAUUUUGAGCUCCGAGUUAUUACCCAAGAAGAAAUUCGCUUUCAAGAACAAACCCACCAGAAAAGACCCAAUCUUCGAAUCCAAAGAGCAGGAGGAAGAGAAGAAACCUGAGAAACCGGGUUUCAGGGUUCCGGAGUCCCCGGGUUUUUGGAACAAGAAAGGCGAGAUUUUGGUGCAUAAAUUUAAGGGAUCGGAAUUGGGAGAAUUUACGAUUGCGGACCUUGAUUCCUGUGAGGUGAGGCUAACAGGUUCUGUGAGAGCGCUUUUUGUUCAUAGAUUAAGGAACUGUACGGUUUAUACAGGCCCUGUAACGGGUUCGGUUCUAAUUGAUGGGGUUGAAAGAUGUGUUUUUAUAAUGGCGUCGCAUCAAAUUCGGAUUCACAAUGCAAAAAGGAGUGAUUUUUAUCUGAGGGUGAGGAGCCGGCCUAUAAUUGAGGACAGUUGCGGCGUGAGGUUUGCGCCAUACUGUUUGAGCUAUCAAGGGAUUGAGGACGAGCUUAGGGAGGCCAGUCUUGAUGGGGAGACGAAGAAUUGGAGCAAUGUGGAUGAUUUCCUCUGGUUGCGGGCGGUUCAGUCGCCAAAUUGGUCAAUUUUGCCGGAGGAUGAGAGAGUUGGUCUAGUUGAUAUUUCAAAUUCCGAGGAGAGUUAGGCUGUUACCCAUUUUGUUUGUUACUAGUGUGUGUGCUUGGAGUAAAAGCUGCCAAGAUGAUUAUGAUGUUGCAAUGUGAAAUUGUGGGAACUUGGUGGAUGAGAUUGAUGCUGGAUGGGGUAGUGAGGAAAAGACACAAAGGCCAAUCUCAUUGCUGAUUUGAAAUCUCCAUGCUUGUUUUUCGUACGGAGUGUGAAAAGAUCGAGACGUUUCACUUCCCUGGAUUAAUGAAAUGCUUAAGGACAAAGGAUAGAGGACGACCAAGGCAUUAACAAAUGCCAUUGACGCAUUCUCAUGGAGGUUAACUAAAGAAGGAUGUCUUUAGGGUUUCAAAGUGGUGGAAUUUAGGGCGCUUGCCGCACCAACUUCUUGGCUAACAAACUCACUGGUCAAAUGGGGUCACAUCCAUCCAUAUGUCCCUUUCUCUGUGUAAGUAUUUUGAACAAACAACAAAGAUAUUUUUUAAUCUAUUUCUUUCUAAUUUUGCUUUA